AUGGCAACACCAACGAAGGCAGGCAAGUCCGCCAAGUGGACGGAUGAACUCGACGCUGAGUUUGUGGUCUUGUAUGCCGAAGCAGCAGCAAAGAGCGAAUACGUUGCAAGUGGUGGAAAGCAGCUCAAAUCCAAGGGAUGGUCCGAUAUCCUCGUGCGCCUUGGUGGGCGUGGCAACAUCACAAACGCGAGCCAACUGCAGUCAAGAUGGAAAAGGCUGAAGGAAGAUUACGUCGAUUACAAAUGGCUCAUGCUGAAGUUUUCGGGGGACGGCUUGGUUGGCGUGUCUGAAGAUACGUGGGCUGAGCUGGACAAGCACCCAAGAAGUAUGCCGUUGUCGCGCUUCCGGGAACGGCCAUUUCUCCACUAUGAUGCUAUCGCAGAGAUAGUAGGUGAUGCGAUGGCAACUGGGGAGUACAUUCGUGGAAUGCCCACGGCUGGAGCUGAGGUGGCUGCUUCGGGGGUCUUGGACAUGUCGGAACCGGAUGUGUUAUCGUUGUCCGCUGCCCAGAAGCGCAGGAAGCUAAUCAAUGACAGCAUGAAGCAAAAGCGCAUAAAAAGAGAUGAAGAGUCGGCUGCGUCAUUGGCGAUCAAGCAAAAGAAUAGUGACACGCUGGCAUCGAUGUGCACCACGAUGCAGAUGAUGACAAAGAUUUUGGCUGCUAAAAACAACCUCCAGCACUUACUUGAUAACGAUGAAUAG